AUGGCUGAUUCUGAACCUAUCAUCACUGUUGAUCCCACUAUUUGCUGUGGUGAGGAAGAUGGUACCAGAUGUGGUGAAUACUUUUCACGCAAACAGAAAGCAGGUCUGUGCGCCAGUUGCUACGCUGUCAAUGUUCUGAAAAAGGAAGAUUUUAAGGAUAUACCACAAUGUAUGUCUUGUGGUGUCAAGUGGAAGAAUUUGAAGGGUGAUAAAUGUGGCACUUGCAAGAAAGCAGACGAAGAUCUGAAAGCUAUGCCUCCUCCCUUGCCUCCUCGGACUCCCAUCUCUACACAACCACCAGCUCCAAUACCUGCCGGAGAGAGCACUGGCAGCAACAAUAUGACACCGGAAGAUGUUUUCCGAGCUGCAAUGAAGGCCGGCAAAGUCGCAGCUGCUCGUCGGAGUGAGCAGCUCUUUACAGAGCAACGACAGGCAGCACUUUCGAAGGGCCGCAUGGUUCAAGUUUAUUUACACUUCUACACCGAUGCAGCAAAGCCGAAACCAAUCAUGGCUAUCGGACCCUCUAUGAAACUUAACGGUACUGUCUGUACAGAUGCUAUUGCCGAAAAGAUCACGGAAAUCAAUGCUGAGUGCUGGCAGAAGUACACAUCAGGAUCUAUACAAGAUGAUGAUUAUCACAUCCGCUGGCCUGGUGGACUUCGCUUGCGGCGCGGGACAGAAUAUGCAACUAUUGGAGAAGUCUAUGAUCGGCAUCGUCACAAUGUCGACUGUGAUGAAAGCUGGUUUAAGCUACUGGGGGAGCGGAAAGGUGGAGGUUCAAAAAAGAAAGAAAGGGAAACAAUGCAUCUCUGGGUUCUCAUGCGGAUCAAGAAGAUUGAAUUACGUGACGGUGCAUUGCCAGCAGACUUCGUUGAAACCGUGACUAAAAAACGCAAAGCAAAUACCGCUGACUCGCAACCUACUGCUAAAAAAUCUCAAGUGGCUCCACUGGUCUCGACCUUCAUGAUCGACAUCGGUGCAGAAGACAUUAUCAAAGAUUCCAAGGAUACCGGGACUGGGGCCGAGUAUGAAGUGGUCAAGCUCCAAUUUGCCAAAUGGAUGGAAACGGUGUCUGGUCACGGUGGAAUGGAUUGGCAAGGUAACGAUAUCCGAAGUGCCCAGUUAGCAUGCAAACCAUUCCAGAGCGGCGCAUCCAAAUUAGUUUAUUUGCUUGUCAUUGACGGCAGGAAGUAUGUUGCAAAGCGAUAUGCUGUCAUCCCGGAUGGAAGCUCUCUCAGCGAUCUACAAGACAUGGAUACUGACAACAUUCUAAUGACAAAGAAUGCGAUAUUUCUUGAGCAAGAAAUCAAGGUGCAAAAGAUGGGUGGCUAUUUUUUGAAGGAGUUCUAUAAUGCCGGUCGAAGGGCCAACGUGACAUUUGUUACUGACUUUAUUUUCACUGAUUGCUGGCUUGCAAGGGAGAUUGUGGACGAGACAGCCAUCAUGGACGGCCCUUCUAAAGCAUCCGGACUUACAAGAACUGACUACGACUUCCAGCGUGCAGCUAACGAUGAUGACACGCCAAGUAUAUUGUGGCUGAUUGAGCCAUAUCACACUGUUCAAACCACGAAAUACAGCGGUACAUUGUCUGAAUGUGGAGACAAAAAGCUACCCUUCAUGACAAUGCAAACUUUGGUCUACGUUGACUUGCAAGCUUCCUCUGUAUUCACAAAUAACCGCCUUUGGCAUGUUCUGUUUGACACCAUGACACACACGAAAAUUAAGGGGUCGACUGGACCAGGAGACCACGGGCCAGAAGGCCUUGAUAACUUCGUCACCAAUCACCCUUGCAACAACAUUUGUCAAGCUCUUGGGAUUGCUUCUGAGACUGACAACGGCGAAGAUGACAACGACAACGACAUUGAAUUCGAAAAAGUGGCACCGGUCCGCACAACUGGUCAGAAAUGGGAGUCUCGCAGAAAGCAAAAUGUUUUGAAUGGAGGAUCAGAGGAAGCACAAACUAUCAGUAACGACAAGGAGGAGUGUACUAAAAGCUGA